AGCUGCUCCGUGCCCUGCUGCAGGCAGCACAAAGAGCGAUGCGCCGCCCGCCACGACAGCCCGCCCGCCUCCCACCCGCCGGGCGCCGCGACGGUGUGGACCCCAGGAAACUCUUGGUCUGUAGAGGACAUCCUGACGGACAGUGAUGAGCAGGACCGAGUUCCACUGCAGAAACUCAAACGUUUAGGCGAAUCGGAAGAAUUGAAAGAUUUACUAAGGAACCCGCAUCUCAGGCAAUUGCUCGUAGCUGUAGAUCAAGCAGAAGAGAGGAAUUCUCUAAUGAAAAGGUAUAUGCAAGAGCCCUUGUUUGUGGAGUUUGUGGACUGCUGUUUGAGAGUCGUCGAGCCUCCAGAGAAAGAGAACAUGCUUCCGGAGUGAGCGCCUCUUCAGGAGUGGACGUACCUGCUUGUGAGUGUCUAUCGUGGAAGAGAUGCUGCGCUACCCCAUGCUGUGAUAAAGCAGCCUGGGAAGUCCCUUCUGCAGUGCUGGCCUAUUUAAACAAGUAGUGUCAAUACUUUUAAUUCUUGCUUCUCAUGUUGGACUGUAUGGUAAGCUUUGAGACCUCUAACUUGAGGGUAGCAAUUGAGAGAGGAACAUGCUUUCUAGAUCCUAAUGGAGCCUUAAUUGUUCUGUGACAUUUUCUCUGCCUACGACUUUCUGUUGUCAGUAGUGGUUACACCUAGGACUUGUCAUCUUCAAAAUAAAAAGAAAAGGAUUAGAAUAAAUCUAUUCUCAAUUGAUGAACAAAGCAGCAGAUCUCUGUUUAAUUAGAUGCUUGAAGGAUACACACUUGUGGAGAGAGCUCAAAUACACCUGCAAGAGCCUUGUUUAUUAAAAUGACAUGUACACAAACCCACAAAACACUUCCCAGACCCGUGUGAAAGAGGAGAGGAAAAACAUUCAUUUUGCUUUGGCAGUCCAAAGGAUCCUCUGGUAAAAGCCAUCUGUGCUACUGACCACGUGGAUGAUGAAAGUUGUAUAUUUUUGAAAAAAAAAGAAGAGAGUAAGAGCCUCUUUCUGAAGAAGGAAGCAAUAGCAUCCUAAUAGUUUUUUAAAAGGCUUGACUCAGUGCACUGCACCUAACUUUGGGCAAAUAAAUAUUUUGUUCUUUUCCCUGCCAUUUAAAUCUGGUUACAAAUACGUUUAGAUCUUUAUCUGACAAAGAAGUAACCCCACUUUUCCUGAGAGCUGUAUCUAGCAUUACGCUUAACAUCUAGUUGUAAUGAAAACCAUUAAAAUUCCUUGCAUUUUCAUGGCCAGAAGUGCUACUGGAUGGCUAAACUUCAGUGUUGGCUGAGCAAAACAACUGUAUUUAGCUGCAGAGGAAGGUGGGUUGCUGGGGGUGGAGGGGGAAAACUAGCAGAGAAUUAGUUUCAGGUUUUUAAAAAACCUUACUGUCAGCCUCUUGUGUAUUGAGUUGUGCUAAAAGAGUGCUUGUUAGAUCAAAGACUUCCAUUUGUUCAGGUAUAUAUUUAUUAUAAUUCUAGUGAAAGGUACUUUCGGUUUUCUUUCUCUGUAGCCAUACUUCAGUGUUUUCUUAGUAUUGACACAUCUCCCACUAUUGAUAAGAGAAAGGAAGAAAUCCAGGCUAACGCCGAAGAGAUGUAGUUUUACACCUUUAGGAAUGUAGUACACUAAAAAAGCAAGACUGAGGUAGCAGCAGAUACAUUUAAAUUGAUCCUUCUCAUGCAACGAAGGAGGACGGCCUGAAAUACUUGGAAG